GAUGAAUAUGAUUGCAGGUGGAGCAACAGCAAAACCAUUUGUUACAUUUCAUAAUGAUUUAAAUAUGAAUUUAUAUAUGCGUGUUGCACCUGAACUUUUUCUUAAGAUGUUAGUUGUUGGUGGUAUUGAUCGUGUUUAUGAAAUAGGUCGUGUAUUUCGUAAUGAAGGAAUUGAUAUGACACAUAAUCCUGAAUUUACAAUAUGUGAAUUUUAUAUGGCUUAUGCUGAUUAUAAUGAUUUAAUGGAUAUAACAGAAAAAUUAAUCUCAGGUCUUGUUAAAUAUCUUUUUGGUACAUAUAAAAUAAAAUAUCAUGUACAUGGACUUGAUCAUGAACCUGUUGAAAUUGAUUUUACACCACCAUAUAAACGUAUUUCUUUGCUUAGUGCAUUAGAAGAAGCUCUUGGAAGAGAAGAUAAAUUUCCAUCAGCUAAUGAACUUGCUACAGAGGAAGCAAAAAAUUUUUUUGAUCAUCUUUGUAAAAAACAUCAUGUCGAAUGUACUAAUCCAAGAACAACAGAUAGAUUAAUUGAUAAACUUGUUGGUCAUUUUAUUGAACCACAUUGUCUUAAUCCAACAUUUAUUUGUGAUCAUCCACAAAUCAUGAGUCCAUUGGCAAAAUAUCAUCGUUCUAUACCUGGUUUAACAGAACGUUUUGAAUUAUUUGUUUGUUAUAAAGAAUUAUGUAAUGCAUAUACUGAAUUGAAUGAUCCACUUGUACAACGUGAUAUGUUUGAAUUACAAGCAAAAAAUAAAGCAGAUGGUGAUGAAGAAGCUCAAAUAAUUGAUGAAAGUUAUUGUAAAGCACUUGAAUAUGGUUUACCACCAACAGGAGGUUGGGGUAUAGGAAUUGAUCGUUUAACAAUGAUUUUAACAAAUAGUAAUAAUAUUAAAGAAGUAUUAUUGUUUCCAGCUAUGAAACCAUAUCGUGAUAUUCCAAGUAAUGUUACACAAACAAAUACAACUGAUGGUAAUAUGGAACAAGAUGGAAAAGAACAAAAUAGUUUAUAUUUGGAAAUUAUGCGACAACAACAAGAACUUGAUAAUAAAUUACCUACUGGUCAAAUGAAAUUUAUAAUUGAAGAUCGUGUAUUUAAAGCUAUUCCUGAUUUACGUGUAGCUAUUAUUAUUGCAAAAGAUAUAAAAUAUAAUGAAAAUGCUAUAUUAAAAAUAAAAAAAAUACUUCAAACAUAUUGGAAAGAAGGUGCACAUGCAUGUCAAACAUAUCCAAAUGUUCAAUCACAUCCACAAAUUAAAGCAUGGAGAGAUUGUUUUACAUCACUUGGUGUACCUGCUAAAAAAUAUGCAUCAUCAGUAGAAAGUUUAUUAAAACGUGCUGUUAAACAAUCUGAACCACGUUCUAUUAAUCCAUUAGUUGAUCUUUAUAAUGCUAUGUGUGCUCGUUAUAUUUUACCAUUUGGUGCAUUUGAUAUAGAUGAUUUAUCAAAAGAUAUUCCAUUAGAAUUACGUUUUACAAAAUCAUCUGAUACAUUUAUGGCAUUAGAUGAAAAUGAAUCUAAUACAGUACCAGAAAAUGAAGUUGCUUAUAUUGUUGGAUCUCAAGUUGUUACGAGACAUAUUAAUUGGAAACAAUCAAAAUAUGGUUUAGUCAAAGAAAAAACAACUAAUAUUAUAUUUAUGAGUGAAAUUUUAUCUUCAAUACCACAAAAUGUUUUAGAACAAAUGAUUGUUGAUUUAGUUCAAGUAAUUAAAGAUUUGUUUAAUGUUGAAUGUCGAGUACAUAUUCUUGAUGCUUCACAUCCAUCAAUUCAAUAUUAA